AUGGUUUCGUAUAUCUCUAGACUAGCUGCUGCUCCAGGCUUACACUUCGGCAAGAUCUCUUUCAAGAAUCUUUUGAACUACUCUCCUAAUUUAAUGGUAUGGGGAGCUACCUCUUUUGCUGGUAUUCUAGUGUUUGUUGAGGGUUGGCCGUUAUUCCAACAGACUUUGUUCCAAAAGAUUCCAGUCUUCGGAUCCCAUUGGAUCAAGGAGAUUCCACCAGAGGACAAAUCAAACUAA